AUGGCAAACCUCAACCGGUCACAUGUGGCAUCUCUCGAAGGAAUGUCUUACAACGAGAGAGUUGGAGGCGGCGGUUUCGUUGUGCUGGAGAGACCUACGAUAGACUUACCCCUCCGGAUCAAAAGCAAGGAUAACAGAAUCGAAAUAGACGACAUCUCGCCACAGAUAGGCUGCGAAGUCCUAAUCCACUACGUCGACUACGAUGGUAUCAUCGUAAAGGUGGUCCCACCAAUGGAGCCAGUCGUUAAUCAGGGCCGCGGACCUGUUGAAAUCGUGCUGUUAAUCGACGUUUCGCCAAGCAUGAAUGAUCUAGCCCCCGUGCCCCCGCGUAGCGAAGGCGAUGAAUCGGAGCAAAAGGGAUUCACUGUGCUAGAUCUGACCAAGCAUGCGGCGUACACAGUCACCGAGAGUCUCAACGAACAUGAUACUCUUUGUAUUGUGACCUUCUCGGAAACUUGCAAGGUCCUUCUCCCACGUCUCCCCAUGAACCACAAAAACAAGAACUGUGCAAAGGAAAAGAUCCUGAGCAUGCAACCGGAAAGCUCCACCUACCUGUGGUCCGGUAUGCAACUUGCACUUGACCAGUUCAGCGGCGAUGUGGACAAGACAGCCGCGCUGAUGGUCCUCACUGACGGCCAGCCAAACGAACCUCUGUCAAAUGGCAUCAUUGCGGCAAUGCGGAGGUGGUGUAGAGGCAGGGGGCUGGGUAGGAUUCCUGUACCUAUUCACACCUUCGGCUUCGGCUACAACUUAGAAGAAGGCCUUCUGCAAUCCAUUUCUGAUCUUGGAGGAGGUGACUACAGCUUCGUACCUGAUGCUAGCAUGCUCGGUACCGUUUUCAACCACGCCGUCGCCAACCUGAAGUCAACAUACGCCCAGACGGCUACUUUGCAGUUGAUGGACAAAGAAAUUGCCAUCACUCGCCGUUUGAUUGCUACCACAGCGGGGUCUGUCCAAAAUAAUCAAGCAGCUACGGAUCUGCUGAGUGAGAUGGAUGCGCCAAGACCUUCCCCAGAUAAUCUGCCAGUGCAGGGCAGGAGUCUAGGCGACAUGUCGCAAGCGUUGAGGAUUGAGUCUGACACUGAUACGGAUACAGAGGGCCAGCAAAAUUGGACCAAGAGAAGAGAGAUACAACAAUUCACGAGCUCGCCUACUGCGGUUCAGAAGACUCAAAAACGAGUUACCCGCAUUGACUUCAACAACAUCAUAAAAGCAGCGGCCCCAAGAACUGCAGGGAAUCAUGAGUCAACUGAGCAGGCCUUGCCUAGGAGCGAUGUUCAGGAUCCUCUGGCUCUAACGACAACCACCUUGCAGCCCUCGACAGAAGCGGGACUAAGAAUGCAGCAGAAAGUUGAUAUACACUUUAAAAUGAAGGAGCACGGAAUAUGGAAACUUUUACACUCUCUCUCUGUCGACCCUUCUGAUACGAUGGAGCUACAGCGACUUGUGAUAAAGUAUAUGAGAAAGAGAGAACCUAUGUACCCAUACACCAAGGACAUGCGAAUGGUAAAGAUCAUUAUUGUUAGCGGAGCUGGCAUUUCUACAAAUGCGGGCGUCGCCGACUUCCGCAGUACUUCUGGAACAAAGAUGUCGAGUAAGAGGCUGUUCCAUGCAUCUGUGUACUUGGACCCUCAGGCAGCGGAGCAAUUGCACAACGUACUUCUAAAAACGUUUGAAUCUGCUUUAAAACCUGAGUUCACGCCAUUUGAGGCCAUGAUGGAGAAUUUGGCGGAGUCCGGCCGUACCCAACGACACUAUACUCAGAAUAUCGAUUGCUGA